AUGCAAAGAGAAAAAAAAAGAAAGAAAGGAAUUUUCAGCAUAGACUUAAUGGAAUCUUGUCAGCUGCCAGCGAGAUUCGCGUAUUCCGUUUUAUUUGGGGGCUGGAGUUUGUUAUGGUCAGUGAGUGUUCCAGGAGCCAUCUGUUUUAAUGUGGACGUUGAACACCCAUUGAUAUUUACUGGUCCCCAGGGAUCGUAUUUUGGGGCCGCUACGGAAUUAGUUGUGGAAAAAUCAAAAUGGGUUUUGGUUGGCGCCACUAAGGACAACUUUACGGAUAAUCCCGACAUUCCCUCUCCCGGAAAUGUCUACGCCUGUCCCGUGGAUUUCAGUUCAGAGACGGAGUGCUCGGUGUUGUCGUCAUUACGUACCUCAGAGACGAAUGCUAACAUAUCGAUGGAAGCAUAUGAAGAGGGAAAUCAGCAGCUUGGAGCAACCAUACUAGUUCCAGAGGAUACGAAAAAACCAAUCAAGAUCUGUGCCCCAAACUGGAAGAAUUUACGGUUUUUAAGCAAGGAAGGUUAUUUCCAGACCGUGGGGAAUUGUUUCCAUCUGAACAAUAGGUCGGACCUUAACAGCGCCAGAGUCAAUGCUUUCCGAGUGAAGAAGGACGAUUUAAUUUAUUAUGCCAACCCAUUAAUAGGAUUCUCAAUAGCCGAUUCUACGGCGUCGCGUUUUAAUAAAUCCAAUAUGGAAAAUUCACAAGUAUGGAAACAAUCCGGACCCGUUAUUUUCGACGAAAUGGUCGUACCACCUCUUCCUCCAUUAAUACAAGAUGCCAAGCAACGGUUUGAGGAGAUACAGAACCUGCAAUACCGGAAAGACGACAUACUAUUGGUCAAUUAUCCAAAGUCAGGUACUCACUGGUUAUGGGAAAUAUUACACAUGAUACUGAAGCAAAAGGCAGAAUAUUCAAAAGAACCAAAGGAAUUUUUCUUCUUGGAAGCGAUGCCAAACCUUAGCAUGGUACAAGACAUGGCGUCUCCUAGGACAUUAAACACUCACGUCCCCUACCGAUGGCUUCCGAAACAACACAUUGAAAGUGGCGGGAAAAUAAUCCACGUGGUUAGAAACCCAAAAGAUGUGGCUGUAUCAUUGUAUCACCAUUUAACAAAUAUGAGAGAAUUUGCUUCAAGUGAUCCGGGGAACUUUGAUGAUUUCUUUGAAACAAAGUUCAUGAAUCCAAAAGUGAAAUUAAUGGGCGGAUGGUUCAAGUAUGAGCAAGAAUUUGAGCAAGCAGAAAAGAACGACACACUAAGGGUCAUUUUUACUGUUCAUUAUGAAAGCUUGAAAAAGAAUCCACUGCAAGAAACAAAACGUCUGGCCAAAUUUUUAAAUGUUGACCUAAACGACGAAAAUAUAGAGGAUAUAGCUGAUAAAUGCAGCUUCAAGAAACUUAAGCUAGCGAGUCGGACCGUCAAAGACAAUUCCCUUGUGGCGGACGAGGUGCUUGCUAGAAAAAUGGACCAACACAUGUAUAGGAAAGGUGAAAUCGGGGAUUGGAAGAACCAUUUUACUGUCGCUAUGAAUGAAAAAUUUGAUGCGAUCUUCAAGGAAGAAAUGAAAGACUCUAAUAUUCAAGUUCCUGUUUUUGACACCUUUUAUGGCGGCCCUAACAUCGGAAAAGCAUCCACAGGGGGGAUGAUAUCUAUGAAUGAUGGUAACCUUGCAGGGGUAGAAGCACUUCCACUGGUAGUGGAAAAAUCUGACGCCAUCAAAGAAACUUACUUGACUGCUUCUUUACUGGGAUUCAGUGUUGCAACAGGAAAGCUGUCUCAGUCGCCUAACUUCUUUGUGCUAGGAGCCCCGGGAUUCGGCAAUAAGAAUGGAAACAUUGGAGCUUUUUCAGUGUUCGUAUUUGGGGCACUAUCGCAAAUCAAACAAAUUGAAGGGAAACAGGUGGGAGGUGGAUUUGGUCAAACAAUUUGUCUUGUUGAUGUUAAUGGGGAUGGAAAUGAUGAAAUCCUGGUCGCAGCACCAAAUUGGUUCUAUGACGACAUUUCAAGAAAUCAAGUGAUACAUGAUGUUGGAAAAGUUUAUGUUUACUAUGGAAAUAGUGAUUCAUCUAAGAUAAUUGAUGAACCUCCACAAGAACUAAAAGGAUCUCUCGUUUCAUUUGCACGAUUUGGAACGGCUAUUGCUGGCAUUGGGGACAUAAACAAAGACGGAUUUAAUGAUGUUGCAAUUGGUGCACCCUUUGAAAACAAUGAAGGAGCCGUUUACAUAUUCAAUGGCAAACAAACAAGAAUGGAUUCCAUGUACUCACAGAAAAUCCUAGGUUCUCAGUUAGAAUAUGGUCUUCAAGGAUUCGGUUUCUAUAUUUCGAGGACAGCAAAAGAUUUGGAUGACAACACAUUCAAUGAUUUCGCUGUUGGUGCAUACAGAUCCGACAAAGCACUGAUUCUAAGGACUAGGAAUAUCGUCGACAUCCGGUGUGAAAUAACUUCAUCCCCGAGCCCGAUCCCAUUAAAUGCCAGUGGAAUGCCAUGUAGUGAUGGACGAAAUUCCAAUCCUUGCUUCACUGUUUCUUUUUGUUUCAAUUAUACAGGGGAGGGAAUUAACAAUACAGACAUUGAUUUUACGAUAACACUUGAUGCCAACGAAACAAAACAGCGAGUAGAGGUUGUCGGGACUGAAGGAUCACGGGAUAUGAUAGAGGUCAAAGAAUUCAUCAUCUUCCCACACACUAAUCACUGCUACAUAGCGGAACUCCGAGUCCCGGUAAUCGAUAGAAACUUCUUCCAAACAAUGGAGAGACCCAUUGUCUUGUUGGUUGAUUACAAAAUAAGCAACAUGUCGGAGCCAGGGAAAGUCCGAGCCAUUCUCAACAGAGAAACAGUUCCUACAUUUUCUGGAGAGGUUCGUUUUGACACAGGCUGCAAAGCAGAAGAUGGAACUUGUCUCUCAAACCUGAAUCUUAAUGUAACAGUCGACAGGCCAAGAAUACUUGUUGGAAAUGAUACCUUUCUGCGAAUGAAAACUUCCUUACGAAAUCUCGGCGAGCCUUCGUUCAACACUUCACUAAUUAUACACUACCCCGAUGAGAUAAUAGUUAACACCUUAAAGUAUGGGCCAACUUCAGAACGAAUGAUUUGCAAGGAAUCAGGUUUAAAUACUAGAUUCUGCGAAGUCUUGAAUCCAUUUUACCAGCGUAUGGUAGGAGAAGUGGAUAUUAUUUUUGAAGUGUCCAAGGACGCGUUCGAAAGGGGAUCCGGGUUCGUUUCGAAGUCGAGCAUUGAUAUAAAUGUGACUGCUACUACACGGAAUGACACAUACCCUGUAGAUAAUUCAGUGAUAAAGAAGGUGGACGUCGCUGUAUAUUCUCAUGUUACACUGCAAGUAUCUACGUCCAGCGAACAAAUCACUGCUUCCAACAAGAGUAUUCAGUUCUCGAAUACAUACGGUUUCAUCAAUGAAGGUCCAUGUGGAAUAGAGACAGCAAAUCUUCUCCUCUACAUACCGGUCAGGUCUAAAGACAAAGUUUUCUUAAAACAAGAAGAUCUAAAGGUAUCGAGCAAAAUCAAAACGGAUUCGUGUAAACUGACUUACUAUCCCAGUGCCGAGUUGAAAUCUACAACACCGAAUCCACUUCCGGGUAGCAGUACUUUAAAGUACAACGAUUCCGACACAAAUGUGAUUCUAGUGGAUGGACAAACCAGUGAAAAUUCUUACUUUCAACCCCAACGUGAUGAUACUGGAAGCUUACAGUAUAUUUUUUGUGAUGAUGGAACCGAUUUAUAUAAGUGUGCAACAGUAGUGUGUUCUGUUAACAUGAUCAAGCCCACGGACCUCGAUAGCAGAGCAUUUGUUCUCUCUUUCGACAUGUUGAUUAAUGACUUACCUAAAUUAGAGAAGGGAAAAUCUAUUUUGACCUUCGUAACACGUGGUCAGGUUUUGCCUUCUCAGAGUUCCCAAGUCCCCCUCGUUUUGAAGAGCAAUGUGUCACAAGAGGCAUAUGUAUCCAUUCUUCUCCCCGAUUCUUUCACACAAGAUGUGGAAGAAGUAGAUUUGCUGAUAAUUAUUCUAGGAUCCGUUGGUGGAUUGAUAUUGUUCUUGUUGUUGGGAUUUAUUCUCUGGAAGUGUGGCUUCUUUAAGCGAGAGAAGAGAAAACAAGUUGAAGAUUUUAAAAGGAAGAGUAGAUACAGCAUGAGAAAAAGCCGAUUGGCGUCGGUUCGUAGUGGUAAAACCGGUACCGGGUCGGUUCGUUCCCGAGUACCUGAAGAGGAAAGACUCACCAAAAAAUUUGAUGAAAUGGAUGACGAACAAUUUACAACAUGAUAUUUCAAAUAGUAAUAAAUGAUAUGUAAGUUUUCGAGGAUUCCUAUGUUAAGUCAUAUAUCAAUAAUGACUGCUUUAAUAACACUUUUAACAAACCAUUGAAGAGAUGUAAAAGAAACCAAAGACUCGAUGUUCCUUUAUUGGUGAUGUAAAUUUGUAACCAAAAGCUUUGUUUAAUUAACAUCGAUAUUCAUAUGCAUAUAGGAAUCAACUAAACAAGAACAACAUUGUUACCUUACCGUCAUCAAUUGACAACUUCCUGGAUGAACAAUUACCUGCGCGUUGACAUCAACAUAAUUCAGAUGUUACAGAACAGUUUUCAUGCUAGUUUCUGUUGCCAUAUGAAAUGUUGCUUCGGAAGCCUGUAGAUGGAAUUUUCUCUGCUCUCAGUUACAUGUCGUUCUAGUACCCUCAUUCCAUUUUUAUGUGCUAUGAAAAUUAAAGGAGAAAAUAUUUUGAAAAUACAUUUAUGUUGUUGCAAUGCCAUAUUGCAGAUUGAUAUCUGUAUAUUGUUUUGAAAAUGUUAUGUUAUACCUUUGUCAACCUCGCUGCAUAAUCCGAAAUCAGGUAGAAGGUAUGUUCAAAAAGCAUAUGUAUGUUGCAGUAUCACGUGACGGAGAUUUUCCCAUUUUUAUCCCACAUACAUAAUUAUAUGUUUUCAUUGCCUCAAUUUGAACUUUAAAUGAACUUUCUUCAGACACUUGCACGAAGUGUCAUUUAGUAUAACCAACCUAAUAGUCAUACCCUUAUCAGCUUUCUGACACAUUAUACACUAUAUAUUAUUGUAAUGACAAUAAUUUUUUACAUUUUAAUUAUAAAGCUUUAAAUAAAAAAAUAUCAAUUUGAUAAAAUUUGAAUUUUGUCAAAAAUCUUCCCUAGCUUUAUGUAAAAGAGAUUUGUUUAAAGGGCGUAAUCGCGAUGCUUUAGUAAUGAAUGUCUAAUCAUCAACCAAAAUUUGAGUGUUAAUCCUUGAGCAAAAAGCAAGAUACAGAGCUCACAAUUCUUUGUUAUGUAUUAGAGUUUGUACCAUGUUUUUGUUUUCAUUUGUUUAAUUAUUGGUAUAUAUUCAUUCUUUUUUAAGCCAAUUUUGAUAUUUGCUGAUUUGUUUUGAAUAUGAUAACAGCCUCUAGCGCAUUCAUUUUAGGUCAAGACUGUAAAAAUGUAAAUAAAAAUAUUAUCUCAGAUUUGAUCACAUAAAAAGGCAUAAUGAGCUUAUAACUUGACGACGGACACCAAAAACUGUGAGUGACUAUUAGAAGUUCCUUAUUUGAGUAUUGUAAACUUUUAAUAUGAAAAAUAGAUUAUAAAUUAUGUUAUUUUCCUUUUCAUACAAUGACAAUAACUUAAUUAAAAUACAGUUAUUUAUAUGUAAUUCUUUUAUUUCACAAUUAAGUUUUUUUAAAUUACCUGAAUUUGAAACAAAGAAGCAAUAGGUU